AAGAGGCUCCUCAACAACUAUAAAAAAUUAAAGAUUUUACUGGAGUUGUGCCUUAAACAAAGAAGAAACAGUCAGUUUAGCUUCAUUGAUCAUCUUUGAGAGCAUCAUUAGCAUUCUGAUCAGAAACACUUUUUUUUUUCGUUACCUCAAGAAUUGUUCAAUGGAAAUACUCUUUAAUGUUGCAAGUGGCUUUGUUGUUGAGGUGGGUAAGUGCACGUGUAGAUGCAUCUAUCCUAAGAUUGAAGAUGCUGUCCAUUUUUCAUCAAAUAUUGAAAAUCUAAGGAAGAAAAUGGAUAAGCUAACAAAGUAUAGAGAUGAUAUCAAAGGAGAGGUGGAAGGAGCUAAAGAAGAAGGCUAUAAACCAAAACCGGAUGUUCUCAAGUGGAUCGAAGAUGUCCACACACUGGAGAAUGAUUGGGUAUCUAUGCAAGACCGCAUUGCGGCUGAGUGUUGUCCAAAAUGCAGCCUUCUCAGUGAAGUCUCCACUAAAGUACAGAACAUCCAAGAUCAAAUUUGCACCCUUAUAAACAAGAGAGAAAGCUUUGGAUCCAAUUUGGUGGUAGAAAAUUACCAGAUGAGAAGAGUUGAGUUCAUCCCGGGACCAUCACUAGAAGGCCAGUCAGCAGCAACAAAAAAUCUCAACAAAAUCCUACAACUAUUAGAAGAUGAUAAGAUAUGCAUCAUUGGUGUGUGGGGUGCAGCAGGAGUCGGCAAAACGAUUUUGGUGAAGAAUCUAAAUAAUGAGCUCCGAAAUACUGCGCCAAGCUCCAAACUGUUUUUUGGUGUUGUGAUAUGGGUUACAAUUCCCAAACCGCCAACAUACAUAAGAGAUGUUCAAGCACAAGUGGCCAAACAGCCAACAGAAAUAAGAGGAGAUGUUCAAGCACAAAUUGCCAAGCGAUUAAACCUAGAGGUAGAUGACAAGGGAAGUGUAGAAAGCAUAGCCGGAAAAAUCUAUCAAAGGCUCAAGCAAGAAAAGAGUUUCCUUCUUAUAUUGGAUGAUGUUUGGGAAGAUAUAAAUUUGGUUGAUGUAGGUGUGCCCCAACCUGAAGAUGCCGGAAGAAGCAAGGUAAUAUUAACUUCCCGUUUUUUGAAUGUUUGUACGCAAAUGAAAUCAAACAUCCAACUGAAGAUUGACACAUUGGAUGAGGAUGAAUCUUGGCAACUUUUUGUCAAACAUGCCGGUGAUAAUGCCAAUCUGGAGCAUAUUCGUCCAUUAGCAAAGAAACUUGCAAGAGAGUGUGAUGGUUUACCUUUAGCAAUCACUACUAUUGGACAAUCUAUGAGGGGAAAGAUGAAGGUCGAGCUUUGGAAAGAUGCUUUGAAAUCACUUAGCAUAUCCGAACCCCAUAAAGAUGUAGAAAAUAAGGUUUACCAGGUCAUCAAGUUGAGUUUUAAUUAUUUAGUAUCUCAGGAUAUUGAAUCAUCCUCAGAGCAAAGAAGCAAACAUGUGAAGAAGAGGAGAGGUGACAUUCAAAGUUGUUUCUUGUAUUGCUCCUUAUAUCCAGCGGCUAUUCCACAAGAUGAUAUCAUACAUUCUUGGUGGGCAGAGGGGUUCCUUGGUGAACAUGACACAUACGAUGAAGCCUACAACAGGGGAAUCACAACGAUUGAGAGUCUAAAAGGUGCCUGCUUGCUAGAAGACCAUGAGAUGGAUGAGAUGGAUUCUGUGAAGAUGCAUGACGUGGUUCGUGAUGUUGCUAGAUGGAUAGCCAAUUCCUCAGGGAAUGAACACAAUUCUCUCAUUCGAGCUGGAAAUGGGUUGACUGACAUAUCACAUAUUAAAAUGUCGGCUUCUGUGAAGAGAAUAUCUUUCAUAAGCAACAAAAUUGACCGAGUACCUGAUUCCUUCAUGGAAUGUCCAGAAACAACAACAUUACUUUUGCAAGAUAAUCACCUUGAGAACAUUCCCCGUGAUUUCUUUUUGGCAUUUCCAAAUUUAAGAGUUCUGAAUCUGAGUGGCACUGGUAUUAGAGCACUGCCUUCUUCCAUCAAUAGCUUAUAUCAACUGCAUGCUCUUAUACUAGGAAGUUGCAGGGCGCUGAAACAGUUACAACCUCUUGGUGAUCUUUGCAAUUUACACGUGCUUGAUUGUAAUAAUACAGAGUUGUGUCGUCUUCCACGAGGAAUGGACAAGUUGAAAAAUCUGAGGCUAUUAAAUCUGCCUGCAGCUUCUUUAAAGAGCAUCAAACGAGGAUUUUUCCUCAAUUUGUCUAGCAUUGAAAUGUUAAAUAUGACGGAGACUGAGAGUAAUUUCCUUCACACAUGGGUCAGUGAGAUUCUUCUUGGACCAACUUCUUUUGAUGAGAUAUCAUCGCUACACAAUCUGACUUCUCUUUUUAUUAAAUUGGAUAGAUCAUCAAUUGGCAAUAGGGACUACACCUGGAUGACUAGAUUGAAAAACUUUCGUAUUGAAGUUGGGAGAUAUAAAAUGCCAAUAAAAUCCAAAAAGUCAGAAAAGACGAUACGCGUCUCCCAGUGUGAAAAUUUCAGUAACGGAGAGCUCUCAGGCAUGUUGAAAUUUGCCUCGGAUUUGUACUUGGUAGAAUGCAGCGGUCUCAGGAAGUUGUUUGCCUACAACAGUCUUGAUGGAUUAAAAUCACUCUAUAUUUAUGAUUGUUAUUGUGAUUUCGAACCAGCGGAAGAAGGAAGUGGACAGAUUGACCCUUUUCCAAAUCUGGAAGAUCUCAAACUCAGCCACGUAGAUCGUCUAAACAGUGUCUCUGAUUUCUGUCAUCAUCUCGGUCUAAGAUUUUCUAAAUUACGCCGACUCGAUAUAAACUCUUGUGAUAGUCUAACAUGUCUUUUUAACGUUGGGGGAGCUUUUUCUGUACCCAAGCACUUGGAAGAAAUCACAAUUAACUGUUGUGACCAGCUGGUAGAGUUGUUUGUGCAAUGCGGCUCAAGUCAGACGACACUUGUCAACUUAGAAAUUCCAAGAGUUCGGAAGUUAAAGUUGAGAUUACCACCAAAAUUAGGAACCUUGGGGGAGCCACAGAGUAUGUGGGAACACAUUCAGGAACUUAUCUUAGAAGGUCCUAAUCAAAUAAGGAAGUUGCCUCUCUCUAUUCAAACCUCCGAAAACAUCAAAGUAAUAAGAGGAACAUCAAAAUGGUGGAGCCAAUUAGAGUGGGAUGACGACAACUUCAAGUCAAAUUUAGAGCGUUGUUUCAUAGAAUCCCUCUGGUAGAAGGAUCAAAGUUU